GUCUGAACUGAGAUACAGCAGGUCUUUCUUAGUCUAUAUAAGGCAGGCUGCUCGGGAUGCACAUUCUCCUCUUUAACCCAUCACCCGCAUGAAAGCCUACUUUCGAUUUCUUUUGGUCCUGGCCAUUCUUAUCGCUGCCUUUGUGGCCAAAUCACUCUCGCAGCCAAUCCCUGGAGGUGGAAAACAUCCUAAUGGAAACGACCGUCUUGGAGGAUAUACGUACCUGGGAGACGGCAGCGGCCGCAGCGAUGACUCGGACGAGCAUGUUGGCCGCUCUUGGGUUGGAGAGCUCAAGUCUGCUUACAACACUGUCACAGAACGUUUCCGUCCAGGCGUCAGCGGUGGUAGCAGCCGCCCCUCGGACGAGUACAAUAGUCACACUCACCGGGGAAAACUCGACUCGCAGCCAAUCCCUGGAGGUGGAAGACGUCCUACUGGAAACGACGGUCUUGGAUGGUACUUGUAUCCGGGAGACGACAGCGGCAGCAGUGAUGACUCGGACGAGGAUGUUGGCAGCUCUUGGGUUAGAGAGCUCAAGUCUACUCACAACACUGUUCCAGAGCGUUUCCCUCCACGCGUCAGCAGUGUUACCAGCCACACUUCGGACGAGCACGUUAGCCACACUCACCAUGGAAAACUCGAUUCUACUCAGCACUUCGCUGCUAAGCACGUGCGUACCCACAAGAGAAGCGGCAGCAGGAGCAACAGCGGCAUCGGCAGUAGUAGAAGCAGCAUCAGUAGAAGCAGCAGCGAUAGCGGCAUCAGCAGGAACAACAGCGGCAUCAGCAGCAGCAGCAGCAGCGGCGGCGGCGGCGGCAUCAGCCACAUCAGCAAUAGCGAGGGCGAGGGUACUGACUAUCUUAGCGACCUAUCCGGGCCUGUCACGGCUUCCGAGCCUUGCGUCUGCUCCAAGAAAAACGAGCAGCAAAGAGAAAAGUUCAACGACGCAGUACUCCAGAUUCGUGCUUUCUACAAGUCGCUUUAUCAAAGUAAAGACUUUUCUAAAGUGACGAAAGGGAUCGUCGACGAGUACUUUUAUCAAUGGGAGUUACUUGGAGAAUCGAUCCGUGAUGCGUCGUCGGAACUUCGCAAAAAAAUGAACAGGCUGGCGAGGGACGAGGAAGAGUGGGAACAGUGGAAGAGUGGGGAGCCAUUUGAGAACGAAGAAAACGAAGACCGAAUGUUCGUCACAAGAGUCUCACGAGACAUCUUCGAAGACAUCUUCGACUCCCAUGACCGGCCUCCGCCACCGAAAAUCUCGCCUCGCAACUAUCUCGAGAGCCUCUGGAGGAGAUGUGCAGAUCUCAUCAAGACAGAAAUCCGAGAGGAGGUGAAGGACGUGGCGCGAAAGAAAGGAAAAGAGGGAUGUGACUUCUGA